UGGGGAUACGCGAAGCGUAAAGAAUUCGGAGCAUGCGCAGAGAACCCGAUGCGGCACAUGUCAACGACGAGUAGGUACGGUUCUUACGCGCUAUUUUUGGCCGCGCCGCCAAGAGCUCAAGCCUUUGAUUCCGGGCGCGCCAGCGCAAGAAGGGAGCAAACCUACGUACUGCUGGCGCACAGCCGGGGGCUCGAAUCUACCUCUAUCGGGCGCGCAAUCCAGAGCGCAUCGGGAGGAGAAACUGCGCCUGCGGUUAUCAAGGAACAUCCGCUGAAGCGUAACCAAGUCGGAGAAUGCGAGAAUGCUCGAAUUAUAGGUCUGUCCUGCUAAACGCGGGCAUCGCCUACUGAUUGUAGCACUACUCAUUGUAGUAUAUAUAAAAGUAUUGUCCUGCUUGACGCAGGUAUUUGAAACAACGAGUACGUGCUCACGAAAGUUUGCGGACUAACGAUGGAGGAGGAGGGGGCGGCACGAUGAGGGGGGGAACAAGAGAAGGGGAAGGCAGAGAUGAGGAGGAGGAAGAGGAGAAGGAUCAGGCCCUAGGCCCUAGGCACCAGGCCUCGAGGCCGGCCCUCGGCGUGGCAUCACGCGUUGCCCUGGGCCUGGCUAUGUCCCAUGCGUGGCCGCGGCCUCAUUGGCGCUCAGCUGCCGCAGACGCGACGGCUGCCAUGCCGCUGCCAGACGGGGAGGAAGACGUGCUGGCCUCGCCGGUGCCGCCCGCGGGCGCGCCGGCCUCGGCGCCGUGGCCGGUCGCGGCCGCGCUGCGCAGCCCUGGCGGCCGCCGCACGCGCUGCGUCGGCGCCGCCGCAGCCCGCUCCAGCGCCGCGCGCCUCGCCUGCUCCAGCGCGGCGCGCCUCGGGUGUGCGCCGAGGUCUACGGGGCUGCCGAAGAGCCAGUCGUCCGAGGGGGGGCUCUGAUCUUGGGUCUCGAGGGUGAAGCGGCCAAAGCAGUGGCGCGGCUGGUGCUCGUCCGCGCCGCGCGGAGAGCCCAUGCCGACGUGAGAAACUUCACUGCUUCGGCACCUCGGAAAAAUUGUCCAGAAUCGGCUCGGGCCAAAACGUCUUGAGACAAAAACGGGCCUUGCACACCGUGCCGUAACGACUUCACGCGUUCGCACGCGCCCGCCCCACCUCAUACAGCGCCUCGUGGCCCCACAUGGGCUCCACCGACGGACCCAGCGGCGACGCUGGCACGCGUCCGCCCCACCUAGUACAGCGCGUAGAAAGCUCCACCGAAUGCCCCAGUGGCGACGUCCGCA